AUGAACCUUGUCCUCUCGCCCUAUCUGGGCGAGGCGAUCGGUCCGCUCAUCUGUGGGGCCUCUUUCCUCUUCCUGGGAGCCGGAUUCAAAUUUCUUUACGACGCCUACCAGCUGGGAGCCAAGGAACGGCAGAAAAUAAAGGUGUGUGGGAGAGAGAAGGGAAAAAUUUACAUGAAUUUGCAUGACUAAAAAUUUCGGGGAAAUUAGAACUCUCCCGGUCCCCCGCCCCCAAAGACGGUGUUGCAGGCUGAAAUAGGAUUCAACUCGGGUCAAAAUGUACCGACAUGCAUGUAAUCUGAAUAUUGUACAGGGCGGAUCCCUGGUCAAUAGGCUACAGUGCGUGACUCAUCUCAUGAAAUGUUGGCUGAAAUUCUGAAAUGCGUUUUCGAUUAGGAAGGAUUACUUGGUCGCGGUUAUGAUACUGAUUAUCUUAAGGCAUACUCUUAUAACAUUUUGGAAUUGGCAGGAUGUCGGCUUUUAAAUGCACUUCUGUUCAAUCUCCUGUAGAAUGCGUGGUCGGUAAAAAAUGACUACUUAAGUAGCAUGCAUUUUUCCCAUUGAUUUUCGAGGGGCUUGGAAAUUCAAAUAUAUUUUAUAGAAACCACAAACAGAAAUAUGCUUUCUUUUAAUCAAGCAAUAGAGAAAUACGUCUUCUUUAUAUUUUAUACUUAAGGAAGGAGAAUAAUUAGGUUUCAAAAAAAAGUUUUCUAAUUGCCUAAUAAUUUGGAGCCUGAUCACUCGUUGCUUUAGCGCUUAGUGAUUACACUCUACAAGGUGCAUGCGUUCCCCGUAAAGAAAAUCCCAUAUUUUUCUAUAUCAUUAAAGAGAUACCAUACAGGGUCCAUAAAAUUUUGCAAUGGAUGCGGACCAUGUUGUACAUUUCAUGAGGAGCAGUGGUAAACGGCCAGGUACGAUGCUAUGUGAAUGGACAUAUCGCGGUCUUAAAAAGUCUCAUAAUUAGAAACUUUUGCAAAACCUAAUUAUACUCCUUUCUUAAGUAAAAAAUAUAAAGAAGACGUAUUUCUCUAUUGAUCGACCAAAUGAAAGCUUAUUUUUGUUUGUGGUUUCUAUAAAAUAUAUUUGAAUUUGCAAAACCAUCGAAAAUCGAUGGGAAAAAUGCUUACUACUUAAGUAGUCAUUUUUUACCAAGCACGCCUUCUAUAGGAGAUUGAAAAGAAGUGCAUUUUAAAGCCGACAUCCUGCCGAGUCCAAAAUGUUAUAAGAGUAUGCCUUAAGAUAACAGUAUCACAACCGCGACCAAGCAAUCCUUCCUAAUCGAAAACGCAUUUAAAAUUUCAGCCAACAUUUCAUGAGAUAGGUCACGCACUGUAUCUGUGACCAAAACGUUGUGCCUGACCUUAUUAGCUGGAGCCUAUUCUAUGCAUUCCUGUCCACUGUCUUUGCGGAUCUCAUUUGAUUCGGGUACGAUUGGUAACGGCCAAUGUUCAGUGGCCGGCUCUCGACGGUCAGUCAGUGAUGUAUAAGUAUAUAUUGACAUGGAUUUAUCGUGCUUCCGGUUUGAGUACUAUAUAAGAUCCCAUACACGUAUUUCGCUGAUCUUCUGCCGAUGUAUGAUACAACUGCGAGGAAUUCGGCUAAUCAAUGGGCCACUCCGCGUUCCCUGUGUGCAUUUCGUUAUCCAAGGGCUGGCCUAAUGAACCAAACUCUUCGCUGUACUUCGUAUGUAUGCAUUUAUGAAGGAUUAAGCAUCUGACAGCAGUGACCCUUUCAAUAGUAUCGUUUUGUCGGGGACCAUUAGCGGUGGCAGCUUCAAGAGUAGACGGCAUUACCUACGCCACCUGACUGAUAAACCUUUGAAGUGUGGCAUUACGACGAUGUCGGUCACCCAACAGUCAUUUAUAACCGCAACAUUGUCGUUUCGUCGUAUUAACUAUCUGCCCAUGUUUGUGACUGGACAGCCAAGCGCAUUUCCUAAGAAUAUUACUGACACGCUUAUGGGUUAGCAGCUGGAACAACCCAAAGCAUUGACCAAUUCGGUUUGAACGAAGUUGCUCACAGACGACAAGUUUCGUGAAUAGAAUCCGCUUUAAAAGUGCCACGGGAUUUAAGGUCACUGUUUUACUGGCUGCCCGACGGAAACGAUUAAUUGCCCUUUUCUAAAACAACAAUUUUCGUUCUCCUUUUAGUACCAAUCCGCGAGUGCAUCAACAGUAGCUGUCAAGUUAGCCGAGGCGCCCGCAGUUGAGGCGACGUAAGUUUUUCUUCCUUUCCUCAUCUGUAUGUUGUAUCUUCACGAAAAAGCGUCCUGCCCCUAACGGGUGCCGCGUUGUGGAUCUAGACGAAAGCGGGCGUCUCAUCGGCUGGUGGUGUGCGUCAAUUGAUCUGGGCUGGGUCUGCUUGCAGGUUACUCCUGGUUACAGCUGCGUGUGGCAGGGGUUGGGUGGGGACUCCACCUGCGCCCUACAGUCUUCUUGAGUCUCUAUUGACAGCGGGUCCAGGUGGGGAAUGGGGAAGAGGGAGUGCGGAAGAUGCUGCGUAAGUCUACUAUCACUAUAAACUAAUUCACACCCAAGAGACUGAUGGCGAUAAUGAGGUUCACCUUCGCAUGGCAAUCCAGUGCUUCUCUAACCAUGAUAAGUCUGCCGCAAUUUGAACCACCAUAACGUGAUAAAAGUUCGUGAUUUGUAAAGAUGUCAGCCGGUGGGAUGGCCCUAUCCCUCAUUGGACGAGGAUCAGGCAGCACUAAUUAGUCCUCUUUGAGAUACCGAUGGUACUCUCGUUUGUAUGAGUCCUCAGACUCCAUGGGUGCCGACUUGACCGUGCAGAGACAGGGAACAUCGCAUGCGUGGCACGCGUAGACGGGUUCGUCAUUCACUCCGUUGCUACCAUUUCUGAUGUCUGCGGGUACCCUCUUUUGUAUGUGAUCCCAGACUGCAUGGGUGACGACUUGUACGUGCAGAGACAGGGACCAUCACAUGCGUGGCACGCGUAGACGGGUUCGUCAAUCACUCCGUUGCUACCAUUUCUGAUGUCUGCGGGUACCCUCUUUCGUAUGUGAUCCCAGACUGCCUGGCUGACGACUUGUCCGUGAAGAGACAGGGACCAUCACAUGCGUGGCACGCGUAGACGGGUUCGUCAAUCACUCCGUUGCUACCAUUUCUGAUGUCUGCGGGUACCCUCUUUUGUAUGUGAUCCCAGACUGCAUGGGUGGCGACUUGUACGUGCAGAGACAGGGACCAUCACAUGCGUGGCACGCGUAGACGGGCUAUUAAGCCUCGUCAGUCACCCCGCUGUUACCAUAUCUGACUGUCUGGGGGUGAGCAUAAGGUGUGCAGUGGAUGCUGCGCAAGCCAACCGCACCAUGUAGACACACAAGUCCCCACUGCGCCGUCUCCAAAGCACGAGAUAUCGAGCGAUCAGGGAAUUUAAUUUUUUCCUGCCGAUCGGGGUGGCCGAUCCAUCGUUUGCUUAAGCUCCUUCAGAUAUAAAUAGGCGCCCAAAACUAUACUUAGGAAAGACGAGCAUCGACUUACAAGACGAAAACUGGAGAAUAUUGAAGGUGCGAUAGUUGGGAUACAGGUGUUAACUAUCAUAAUUCUGAAAUUAAUGGAACUACUUCCUCCCACCAAAGACUCAGGCCGAGGAACAUGAUUCUACUACUGUUGGCUUUCUGAGAGGAUGCUGAAAAGUAGGCUCCGGUGAAGACAUUGCCUGGCUCGGCAGUUAUCAGAAUGCGCACGGUCUGGGUCAGGUGAUGCUUACACUCAGACUGAAUUUAAGGGUACAUUUUUGUUGUUGUCAUAUACUUGUUGGUCCCACACCUUAUCGCUACCGACGAAUUUAAGUCAACAAGACGAAAACCAGAGGAGAGUGAAGGAACGAUAUUUGGGAUACAGGUGUUAACUAUCAGAAUUCUUAAAUUAAUGGAACUACUUCCUCCUAAAUAAGACAUAGACCGAAACACCGAAUUCUACUGCUGUUGGCUUUCUGAGAGGAUACUGAAAAGUAUGCAGUGAAAAAAUGCUUCCCAAUGUGGUCGUCUGCGUUCCAUAACGAUGGUUACCUGCACCGGUUCGUUGGUUGAUCGCACUGGAUUGGUGCAACCGCAGUAAUAGUGACUUGGUUGUAUGAGACGGUCAAGAGGCUUAUUUGGGUUGGCCGAAUUUGUGCGGGCAGCUAGCCGGUGCAGCCAUGUUACCAUCACCGCCAACACACCAGUAAAACGAGAUCGACCAAUUAAGACGCCAAGAAAAUUUCCGUCGAGAAUAAGGCUCAGUGACUCAGAAAGUAGUUUAUACUUUGCUUUAUUUCUUCAUGUAGUUCUAAUUUUGACAAUAGACCGGGAUUCGUCAGUUUCAAAAAUUAGACUGUUUUCGCAGAACUGCCCCGGUGAAGAGAUUGCUCAACUCAUCAGUUAUCGUAAUGCGUACGGUUCGGGUGAAGCGAUGAUCGACUUGCGAGCAGACAGGCAUUCCAGGCAGGCGAUCGACGUCAGGAUAUUUUAUCGAAAAACAGUACUUUUAGGCAACAGCAAUUCCUGUUACCACUCUGCUAUUGAAUAUAAAGUAAGAAUUUCGUGAUUUAACUGACUGGUUUGAUAUCACAAUUCAGCUGUCUUCUUGGUAAACCCUACAGGGAGGAAUUGGUCAGCGGAAAGACAACUGACAAGGCAUUGUCUCGGGCGCCGAUUGGAACUCGAACUGUGGCUCCAUCCGUUCUCUCCUACUGA